AUGGUCUCCCUCACCGCUACCCGCUACGGCAAAGACAACAUCCGCCUGCUCAAGGUCGAGCGCGACCCCUCCAACCCCCGUCUGCAGUACGUCUACGAGUUCACCAUCCGCGUCAUGCUCGAGGGCGACUACGAGGCUGCCUACACCAUCGCCGACAACGGCCCCAUCGUCACCACUGACUCGAUGAAGAACACCACCCACAUCCUCGCCAAGAAGAACCCAGUCUCGCCCCCGGAGCUGUUUGCCUCCAUCCUCGGUGCCCACUUUGUCAACACCUACGACCACAUCCACAAGUCCUUCAUCCACAUCAUCCAGCACCGAUGGACGCGCUACGAAGUCGACGGCGCUCCCCACGACCACUCCUUCCUCCGCGACGGCGCCGAGGUGCGGAUCGUCGACGCCGAGGUCCACGAGGACGGCAAGAUCUUCUUGUCGGGCGGAAUCUCGGACCUGCUCGUGCUCAAGUCGACCGGCUCUGCCUUCUACGGCUACAUCCAGGACAAGUACACGACCCUGCCGGAGACCAGAGACCGGAUCAUGUCGACGUCGGUCGACGCCACGUGGAAGUACGACGUGUUUGAGGGCGUCGAGGCCGUGCGCGCGUCGGUCAAGUCGCUCGAGAAGGGCUACCAGUCUGCGCGCGAGAUCACGCUGAAGACGUUUGCGACUGACGAGUCUGCGAGCGUGCAGGCGACGCUGUACCGCAUGGCCAAGCAGAUCAUUGCCGACAACUCGCAGGUGAACCAGGUCUCGUACGCGCUGCCCAACAAGCACUACUUUGACAUCGACCUCUCGUGGUUCGAGGGCUUGAAGAACACUGGUGCGGACGCGGAGGUGUACGCGCCCCAGUCGAACCCGAACGGUCUUAUCACUGCAACGAUUUCGCGCGGUGAUUAG